AUUAGAGUUUCAAAUUAUCAUCAGGAGCAAUCAUUUGAAAUCAUGGAAGAUGAACAUUUGUUUAGUACUGCUUUUGAUGAUGCAAAGCUUCGUGAUAAACUACUAAAUCAAAAAGAGCAGAAUGUCCAGAAAUCGACAGGAAAAGUACGUCGAUAUCGACCCGGUAUGGUUCCGGACUGGGUACGAGAAAAGCAGGAAGAGGAGCGCAGGAUGGAAGAGCAGACGCAUUCUGGUGAUAUUUCAGUCAAAAUAGAAAAGAAAAAAGAUCCCCGUUUAGAGCGAUUACUCGCAGCACAACAAGAGCAAAAGCGUCCAGCGCGCAGAAGACGCGUGGAGGCAGAAAUCAUUAUGGAUGAGGAAGAAAAGCCUGUAAUGAAGUUCGAUGCUCCCCCACAGCCGGAAAAGGAGAAAGAAGAUGAUUCUGCUAACCGUCGUCGUCUUCUUUCUCGUGCUCUGGAAGAUGAAGAAGAAGAAGAACUCGCGAUUUCGGAAGAAGAAGAAGAAGAAGAAGAGAAAGAGAAACCGCAAAAGCAGCCGGCUUCCAACGUGCAAUCUGGCUCUGGGAAGGGCAAUGCCCAGGAGGAGGAAGAGGAGGAGGAGUAUUCGUACGAAUACGACAGCGAAUCGGAGGACGAGGGAACAAUGUUCGCCAUGCGCCACCGACCGGUGUUCGUCGCGAAGGUGCGAUCGCUCGCUUGUUUUGUUGCGUAG